AUGAAGGAGACUGUGUCUACUCUGUCGGCCAGCGAAACCAUGAGACCAGAGAAGCGAGGUUACAUAUUUAGAGAUACGGCUCUCGUCAUCAGCCGAACAACGACAAACAGAUGCAUUGUGGGAAUGCUGUACCUCUUUGUCAAGUUCCUCUUCUGCGUCAAUCUGUUGGCACAGUUUAUUUUUCUCACUGUGGUUGUCAAGGACAGAAUUGGCAUUGAAGCUAAUGCUACAGAAAUAUUAAGUUGUAAUGAAACCACAGUUCCUGCCUUUCCGCGAAACGUUCUGUGUGACAUACACAUUAAACACUUUGAGAACAUCCAAAGCUACACAUUAACGUGCGAUCUGGUAAUAAACGACGAGUUUGAGAAAUUCUAUGUCGUCCUUUGGUUCUGGGUACUGGCUGUAUUUUUAGUCUCUGCUGUCAACUUCAUGAUGUGGUUCGCCUGUCUGUUUGUUGCAUGCGUCAGGACGUCACGUAUCACGUCCUACGUCACUGCGUUUAAUAGGGAUGCACACCGGACGAAACUGAAGUACACUCUGACGCAGCAGAACCAUGAACUAUCUGCAAAAGGACUGCCAUGGCGCAAAGAACACGGAAAGAACACUGCAUACAACAGGACAUCAGCGUUACUGAUGACUCAUCAGGAACGAAUACUUGCCUAG